AUGGGUUGCCAACUAGGCAAGCUAGACCAGCCUAUUUUGUAUUUUCGGUGUCAGAUUAAUAAACGUAUAGUAGGGGUCAUGCCUUCCGAGAUGUGCGGCGAUCGGUGUCUUUCUGGAAUACCCAUCUCUAGUUCCGCUUCCAGGCUUUUCUUUAACGAACGCCGCCCGGCCGCCGUCAUCGAACCCAUAGGCGUCGGACCGGGGCAGAGUAUGGGGCAAAAAAGUGAUGUGAAGAACUACCGAGGGAUCACCUUGCUCAAUACGGCGUACAAGAUAUACGCAAUGAUACUAGAUGAGAGGUUACGAAAUGAGAUGGAAGCAAGGGGUAUGUUACCAGACGGUCAGGCAAUUUUAGGAAAGGAAGACGUACUAUGGACAAUGUAUUUCAAAGCAGCGUUUGAUAGCGUGAAUAGAGAGAAAAUGUGGGAGUAUUUGAGGAGAAAGGGAGUAGAUGCGUACCUGGAAACGAAAAUGGAAGAAAUAUAUGUAGAAACAGUAAGUAAAGUGAGAGUGAAUGGAAUAGAGAGCGAAAGUUUUUAUACAACUUAUCUAGGAGAUAUAGAGGAAGUGUUCAGAAAAGCACAGACAGGAGGGGUGGUAGUGGGCAAAGAGAAAGUGUGGUCGCUGGUGUACGCAGAUAAUUUGGUGAUUGUAGCAAAAAAAGAGAAGAAGUGA